UACCCCAGGGGUAGAAGAAGUUAAGAAGUGUUAAGCUCAACAGCCGGAGAGGUUUGGUAUACUUAGGUAUCCUGAUCGGUGGGUGAUAGGGAUUUGGCACAAUUUUACAGGUGUACUGGUUUGAUCAGCCUCCAAAAUGUCCGACAAAACUCCGAUAGAGCCGUCGGCUAAUUAUGGAGGCGGUUUCAGCCUGGGACAGAUCUCCUGUAAGAUGAGAGAGAUGCUCAUUGCCAUUGGACUCGUCGUCAUCAUUGUCAUGAGCCUUGUUUUCGUCGCACUGUACUCAACGGCAGCCAAAUCUGGUGACGAUAACAGUAACGGGGGUGUGACAGCCGCCCAGCACCUCGGUACUACCCCGACCCCCGAUCCUCGCACCUGCAACACUGCCGGAUGCCUGCAGGCCGUAGGAUAUGCGCGCUGGCUGAUGAACGUCUCCAUAGACCCCUGUGAAGACUUCUACACGUACGCCUGUGGUCAAUGGCCCAACAGGUACCCGUUAGAGCCCGAUUCCUACAGGAGUUCAGUCACAACAAACAUAUUCAAAAACAACCAGAAGAAAAUUCUCAGUAUAUUGAGCACAGAUGUCAAGCGAGAUAUGCCGUGGGCUGCGGAGAGAAAGGCGAAGGACCUCUACAUGUCCUGUAUGGAUGACUACGGCAGGAUGGCGGUGGGGGGAAACGCCUUAAUCAGCAAGGUUCUAGAGCAGAUCGGCGGCUGGGCCUUGGUGCACAAUCUACCUACUAACUGGAACAUCCUGAACGCCAUCGAGAAAGUCCACGUUGACUUCUGGACAGACGUGCUGUUUAACGUAUAUGUUGGCUCGGACUACACAUUCGGCUAUAGAUUCAGGAUUCCAAUUAUAACGAUUUCCAGCGGUGGUCUUGGUAUGGGAUAUUACAGCUAUUACUUGAGAAGUUAUUACAAUAAGACAAGAACUGAUUACCAGGCUUACAUGCGCAAUGUGGCCAAGCUUCUGCUCAGGGACGCGGGUGUGACUCCAGGGACUGAUUUCGACAACAGAACUAAUACAUUUGUCAAUGACGUGAUGAGUUUCGAAACGGACUUGGCAAAUAUCACAAUGAAUUCGCGGUACUCCUACUCCUCAAGUGGUCACAUGAGUCUGGCAACACUGAACAACCAAACUGGGAACAUCGUGGACUGGGUGUCUUUCAUGAAAUACCUGUUUGACAAGGCUAUAAUCACAGAGGAUACUAUUGUCAAUGUUCGGAGAAGUGGCUACCUGGAUAAAAUAGCACAGAUGAUUAAAGAUCUACCGGAUAAAGACAGAAACAGAAAAUUAAACAAUUAUUUCGUCUGGCAAAUAGCGGUGAAGUAUGCAAAGGAUUUGUCAUACGAGUACAUUCAUGCCCGGAAACAGUACUACACGGACCGAUAUGGAACCCGCGAGUUUCAAAGCCCGGAAACCUACUGCUUUAACUACGUCAAGAGCAGCAUGUCGGACGCUGUCAGUCACGUUUUCAUCAUGGAUCACUUCGCUGACAAAAAUAAGGAAAAGGUGACAGAGAUUGCCUCGUACGUCAAACAGGCAAUAAUCGACGGCGUUGACCAGAUGAACUUCAUGGACAAAGACACGAAAGCAUACGCAAAGAAGAAGCUCUCAUACACAGACGACAGUAUUGGGUACCCGGACUGGAUGAUGGAUUCAGAUGCCGUGGACCUCAUUUACUACCCGUUGAAUAUAACCAGCGGAGAUUACUUUCAGAAUGUCCUGAAUAUUAAUAAGUACGACAAAGUGGAUAUGAAUAACAGAUACUUACAAAUUGACGGUGAAACCCACUUAUCCUGGCACGGGAACACCUAUAACAGUUAUAUGUACCUGUAUCAAAUGUGGAAUGAGCUGAUCGCCCCGGCUGGUCUACUACAGAGUCCGCUAUAUGACUACAACAGCCCGCACUAUGUCAACUUCGGAGCCAUCGGCUCCAUGUUUGGCAACCGUUAUUUGGACGCCAUCGACAGGACAGGUUCAAUAUACGGAUACCACGGUGAGCGACUGAUGGACCCACUUUACAGAUACAGGUACAAGAGAUGGUGGAGUAACUCUACAACCUACAAGUUCAACAACGCUACAGCGUGUUUCUCCGACUUCUACGUUAAUAAAACAGCCGGCUCGUAUAUCGACGACGACGGAAACGUUGUUGAUGUUCCCGUGAGUAUUUACUCGGCUAGAUCCUACUCGCAAACGGCAGCUCAGGAGCUGGGGGGUGUCAAGAGGGCUUAUUAUGCUUAUCAAGCAUGGCAGAAGAAGAACUCAAGAGAGAAACUACCGCCUAUUCUCGAUUUAAAUAACGAGCAGAUGUUUUUCAUCGCUUAUGCUCAGACAAAAUGUACGGUAACACGGCGCUUCUCCACGUCACCGUUCUUCUCGCGCUAUUUCCCUAUUCCUGACAGCAUGAAAGUGAACGGAGCUAUGGCCAUGAUGAGCGAAUUCAGUAAGGCUUUUGGUUGUCCCGCUGACAGUGUCCUCAAUCCGCCAGAUAAGUGUUCGGUGUUUUAACUUAAGCCGAAUGUUAAUGACAUCGAUUGAAUGUAUUUGAUACAAAUUUAAGAAAGAACCAGUUCCGAAUAUGUAGUCCGAAUAUGAAGGACAACGAAGUUUCAUUUUAGUUUCAUCUGAGUACGUGUCUAUGUUAAUAAUACUUGGAGUAUUUCACGUUGGACAAAACUCAAAGCAACUCAGAAUUAUGUAUAUCAGCAUUAUGCACACUCAUCAUUAAGUUGUUUUUAGGAGCAGGUGUUCUGUACAUUUCACUUUCGUGUUUGACACGUAAAGAGCGUACCGUUACACAAAGUUACUCAAGCUAUGCUCACAUGCGAUUUUGAGUGCAAAUUCCGUCUCAAACAAGUUGGCACAUUAUGGUAUCAAGGAUAAAGCAGAAAUCAAAUGUUCGCCACCCAUCGUCUUGUAGUUACAUAUAUCUGUGGCCCAAAAGAGCAGCUGUCUAAAAUGUCCCACAACAGUAUGUAUAUUUAAUUAUUUUAUGUCAACGUUUUCGGGCAUGUGUAAAUAAUAUAGUUGAUAACAUUUAACAGAGAAAUAAAGGUACACGAUUACCAUUAA